UGUUGCGAACUCUCGUGAAGCUGAGAAGCGUUUAUCAUCAGCAGUUCUUUGCUGUGAAGAUUCUGGAUUUGAACCUAUUUGCAAUAUGCAUUUUAGUUUAUCCACAUCUUUUAAAGUGGGAACAGAGCAAAUCACGGAGAUGGAUCCAGCUCAGCUUCUACAAGCUCUUUCAGUGUAGACUGCCUAAAACUGAAGGGUUCCACGUUACCCUGAGCACCAUGAUCACUGAUUCAUCUAGUCCAGCAGAGCUGUACGAGGACAAUGCUUCCCUGUUGUCCUUAGACUCCAGUGUAUUUUUCAGUGAGCCUGCCCUGCCAAGCGAUGAUCCGCUGGACUUCUUCAUUAUAAAUGUCGGAGGCAGUCGCUACAUCCUCUCUCAGGAAUUGUUGGCCUCUCAUCCAGAGACUCGUCUGGGUAAGCUCGCCCUCUCAUCGCGAGAUUCUGCUUUAGAUCUGUGUGACGAUGCAGAUUUCCUCGAGAAUGAGUUCUUUUUUGACCGCAACUCACAGACGUUCCAGUAUAUAAUUAACUUUUACAAGACGGGUCACUUGCAUGUGCGAGAAGAGCUUUGUGUGAUCUCCUUUCUGCAAGAGAUUGAGUACUGGGGCAUUGAUGAGCUCCGCAUUGACAGCUGUUGCAGGGACAAGUAUUACCGCAGAAAGGAGAUGAAGGAGUCGUUGGAUAUUCGUAAGGAUACUGAAACAGUGGACGAUGAAGAAGAGGACUUUACUGGAGUCCUGUGCCAGGAUUUGCGGCAACGCUUAUGGGACGUCAUGGAGAAACCGGACUCCUCCAAGGCGGCAAAGAUGUUUGGCACACUGUCCAUGUUUUUUGUGGUGCUCUCCAUCGUAAACAUGGCUCUGAUCUCCCUUGACUUUUAUAUUCUUGAAGCACCCUUCAUCUUGGAUGCUUUUGAGUACAUCUGCAUCAUUUGGUUCACUGGUGAGCUAGUGCUCAGGUUUAUGUGUGUUAAAGAUAAGUGUAAAUUCAGCAGGAGCGUGGUGAACAUUAUUGACCUUCUGGCUAUUCUGCCCUUCUACGUAACUCUGGCCGUUGAGAGCCUGCAUGGAGGAUCUACAGAGCUGGAGAACGUUGGGCGGGUAGUUCAGGUCCUGCGACUGAUGAGGUCACUCAGGAUGCUUAAACUUGGCCGACACUCUACAGGCCUCAAGUCACUGGGCUUGACGAUAGCCCAAUGCUAUGAAGAAGUUGGCCUCCUAAUGCUUUUCCUAUCUGUUGGCAUCUCCAUCUUUGCAACUGUGGAAUACGCCAUCGAACAUGACAUACCAGAGACCACCUUCAUCAACGUGCCCAGUGCCUGGUGGUGGGCUACCACCUCCAUGACCACAGUGGGCUAUGGAGACAUCCGUCCCGAUACGGCCCUGGGAAAGGUGAUGGCUUUUAUCUGCAUCCUAUCUGGCAUUCUCAUCCUCGCACUACCUAUCGCCAUCAUCAACGAUCGCUUUUCCACUUGCUACUUCACGCUUAAAAUGAAAGAAGCGGCACUGCGGCACGGAGAGGCACUGAAGCGUUUGACGCGCAACUCGGCCUCGGAUGUGUCCAUGAUAGGGGUGAACCUGCGUGACGCCUACGCCAGAAGCGUGCUGGAGAUGCUGCGAUUGCAGGGGCGGGAGAGAGCCAGCACACGCAGCAGUGUAGGAGAUAUCUGGUGGUAGCAGUAGACCUACUUUUACAUACUACAUACUAACAGAAAGAGAGACAGAUAAAGAAUAAGUGAGUGUGUGUGAGUGAGUGAUUGAGAGAGGUCUUUUGAAAGAACACAAAACCUUUUGAGGUAAAGUGUAUAAUUUUUGUGCCACAAUCGGCAAAGAGAAUUUUAAAAUUAUGGCAGAUUUUUAACAGGUUUUCCUAAAUAUUCCGCCUAUCUUCCGUGGUCAAACAAACAGUUAGUCCCACCCGAAACCAUGUCAUUGGUUGAGUCAAACAGGUAGUCCUGCCCAAUGUGCUCAUCACUGAUUGACUCAAACAGGUAUUCCUGCCAAAAAUGCACAUCAUUGGUUAAGUCAAACAGGUAGCUCUGCCCAAAAAGCACAUCACUGGUUGAGUCAAACAGGUAGUUCCGCCCAAAACGCACAUCAUUGGUUGAGUCAAACAGGUAGUACCACCCAGUGUGCUCGCCAUUGAUUGACUCAAAUAGGUAGUCCUGCCUAAUAUGCACAUCAUUGGUUGAGUCAAACAGGUAGUUCUGCCCAAAACACACAUCAUUAGUUGAGUCAAACAGGUAGUUCUGGCCGUAAUGCACAUCAUCGGUUGAUCAAACAUGUAGUUCCGCCCAAAACACACAUCAUUGGUUGAGUCAAACAGGUUAUUCCUCCCAAAACGCACAUCAUUGGUUGAGUCAAACAGGUAGUCCCGCCCAAAACACACAUCAUUGGUUGAGUCAAACAGGUAGUUUCGCCCAAAACGCACAUCAGUGGUUGAGUCAAACAGGUAGUCUUGCCCAAAAUGCACAUAACUGGUUGACUCAAACAUGUAGUACGGCCAAAAUGCACGUCAUUGUUUAGGUCAAACUGGUAGUCCUGCCCAAAAUGCACAUCACUGGUUGACUCAAAUGGGUAGUUCCGCCCAAAAUGCACAUCAUUGGUUGACAAAAGUUGUCUCUGUACAGUAAGCUGUGAAUUAAGCACUAUCACACGACCAAGAGUUCUCUACAACUAAAUAUCAGCACUCUUUGAAUGCCACUUGUCCAAUCACAUUAGAGGACCAUGGUAUAACUGUUGUAUCAAGAAUUUUAAUAUUGUAAAAUUUAUACACAUCACCUUUAAACAUUUAUUUUUUUUGGUUUUUCUGUGUUACUUUGUGUAGCUGAUUUACUCUUCAUUUGUAAUGUAUGUUGUUUUUACCAUUCUAUAUAAAGAUAUGUAAUAAAAUCUACCUGUAUGUCUCAGUUGUUUGCUUGUUUUUCAAUAGAUUUUUCUAGAAUGCAUUUAUGCCAAAGCAACACUUUAUCCAUUUAUGUCUUCCUCGUGACUUGUUGAUCCUUUUAAAAUACCACAAGUGCCCCAAAGAUUACAAUGACCUUGUAAGAGAGGCAGGCCAAUGGACCUGCCCAAAGAUGCAUGGCUUAUUUGACACAUUGCUCAAAAAAUUACAGCUAGACUUUCAGAUCUUAAAAGCUUAGAGGAAAUCAGUCUCUCCACUGGACAGUAACAAUGAUUUGAACUGCAGGAACAAGUUGUUAUUUGACAAGAUAAGGACAUGUAUGCGUUUCAGUGAAAUCCAUUGUGAAGAGAAUAUUCAAUUGUUUCUUAAGUAUAUGUCAUUCAUAUCCAGGGGGAUCAGCUUUCAUUUAGCUUUAAAGUGUCAUUUAAUUCCAAGCUUUGUGAUUUCGGGACUGGGUGUUAUGUUGACAUGAUGGACAGUAGACAUCUUUACUCCAUUUUAAUCUCACUUACCGUAUGUCAGAAAUUCUCCUGGGACUGAGAGCACAUUUAAUUGCAAAGGAAGUAACUUCAUGUUAGUUCAUAGUGCAUUAACCAAU